AUGUUGAAGUGGGCGGUAACACCGCGUCUUAACAGUGAUUAUUGCGAAAACGAAGGUAUCCAUAACAGUGAUGGUUGUGAACUGCAUACACUACAAGCCGUUAUUGAACAGCAUCGUCUUCCAUGUCUUGUUCGAAUUGCUGGUGAUGAUAUACAUGAAUCUGCCGAUAAUUAUUGCCUAUUACUUGCUCAAACAAAUGAUCCAUAUUUACUUGUUUCAAAUGAAAAUGAACGUUUCUCUAUUCCAUUGUUAUUUGAUGGUCUUUUUGCUCCAGUUGAAAAAGGUAUUACUCGAUAUAAUAUUCUUGAAUCAGUUCAUGCUUUGCGAUCUCAUUUAAAAUCUGUUCCAUCUUCGUCGGAAUUUACACAUUUUACUAUUUUGCAACCAUGUAUGGCAUAUAGUAAUUCAGCUCUACGUCGUAUUCGUCCUGGUACUGUCCUUGAAUCAUGUCGUACAUCAAUAGCACCAUCUAGAUCUCCAUCUCCAUCAAUAUCAUCAUUAUCAUCAUCGUCAUCCAAUCGUUUACGUACACUUUUUGCUAAUCUUUUACCAAAUAAUCAACAAUCACGUAGAUUUAAAAACCAAACACCACCAAGUGACUAUCUCAAAGUUAAGUCACUGCAAAGUGAUGAACAAUUUUGUCUAAAAUCUGAUUCAAUUGGUAUAUUUGUUCCUGUACAUAGAGAAUUACCGUCAAAUAAUUCUCAUCGGCGAACAUCUCUUAUACCAUAUUCUUCUCCAUUUUCAUCAUCAUCAUCUUCAAAUCAAGUACAAGGUUUAUACUCAGUAGAACUAUUAAGCAAAUUAGCUCAUCAAUAUCCACUUAUAACAGAACUUAUUAUAAGUCGAACAUUCGAAGAAAAUGGGCCAACAUCCGUUGGAUAUCCAUUUCGUCGAUUAACAAUACAUCGUCUUGUUGAGCAACACUCUCGUGUUAUUGCAUUUGAUAUGAAAAAUUUCGCUUUUCUUGAACUUGACACACUUAAUCCAAUUGAUCUUUAUGUAUAUGAACCAGAAGAUAUACUUGUUCAACGUUAUCAAGCACAAUUACGUUGGUGUGAUUUACAUGUAUCUUCAUUUCGUUCACAAAUAAAAACCAUUGUGAAUUCAUCACAUGGUACAGCAACAUUUGUUCAAGCUACACCACUUCAUGGUCAACAAAUUCAACAAUAUCAUCAGCGCCGUGAGUCAUCAUCAUCAAUUACUUCGCCAAUUACUAAACAUAUACCACAAACCAUAUUUACAUCUCAAGAAUCGAUUUCAUCAAUUCGUUCACGUACUCGUACUCCAUCAUCGUCAAAAUACAAUACGACGUCAAAUCAUUCGAAACAAGAUCAACAGAAACAAAAAGGUAAAACGACUGGACCUGGUGGAGCAGCAAGAAAAGAUGUAAGAGUUUAUUUUAAUGAUCCAGCUAUUCAAAAACGUCUACAAACUGCAACAUCAUCAACAUCAUCAGCAACAACAACAACAACAACAAUAACACGGCCAACCAUUAAGCAAACAUCAUUCAAUAAGAAACAUUCCAACUAUCGAACAAACAGUACUGAAAGUGACAGUAUUGAAGGUGAUGAAGAAAAUGAAGCUUCAUAUCAAUGUACACCACUGUAA